UCCAAAAUUAGCGAUCAGUUUCCGUCUAACAACUAUAUGAACAUAAUUGCUUUACCAUUUGGAAUGAACGAACAGCACUCUUUCAAAAUACCGGCACCAGAGGAAACUAAAAUAGAGACCAAGAGGUUGAAACUAGACAACCCCGAAGACAACAUCAAAGCAGAAAGCGACGUCGUCCACCUUCUCCGAGACAUUAGGGACGCCACUCGGGCUAAGCAACACCCGAUCAAGAUGUUUUUCGACAGCAUGGCCAGCACGGUCAUGGGUUUUCCGCCCGCAUUGGCAGCCGAGGCAAAGCUAAAAGUGUGCCAAAUCGUGGCAGAGUUGGAGUGUAAGAUGUUAAAUGAGACAGGUUGCAUCGACGGUCAAUCGGAUGUGAAUUUUUGAUGCCACUAUAUUUUAGUUCGAGAAAAUGCAAUUAAACGUAAAAGUUGAUUG